AUGAACUACGAAACAAAUAUAAUAUUUUUAUUAGGAAUUUCUUUUGCUUCACUUUUACUAUUAAAUUUACUAGUAAAACGUAAUAGAUUAAAAAAGCUUGACUCCGAUAUUAUAAUUAAUCUUAUUAUCAAUAAAACUCUAAAUAUGUCAAAAGGUAAAAUUAUUUCACAAAUAGCUCAUGCUAUUAGUCAUGUACUAGCACAUAUGGUAAGCAAUAAAGAGAUAUAUAAAAAUUGGAAGAAAAGUGGUAAAAGGAUAAAUAUUUAUGAAGGAGAUUUCGGUGAUAUUGAAGAGCUAUCAAAUAAGGCACAUAUUUUUGGAAUAAAAUAUUCUAAAAUUCACGAUGCUGGACGUACACAAAUACCUUCUGGAAGUAAUACAGUACUAAUAAUUGGACCUACAAGCGCUAAAAUAUGUCAUGAGUGGUUUAAUUAUUUAAAGUUAAUAACAUAA